AUGGCCAAACCACCAGGACGUCCGAGUAAAGCUUGUGAAAUAUGCAAAAGGCAAAAGAUACGGUGUUCUGGAGAGCGACCGAGCUGCAAGCGAUGUUACAGAUUGAAUAACACUUGUAGAUACGGCACCAACAGUCAAUUAAAGAGGGGCGUGACAAAAACGACAUCUAGAGCUGGAGCAACACACUCCAUUCGGUCGAUACAUGGAGCCCCAGUUGCAUUGCCAGCUAUCGAGCCUGUAUCAGACCAAGAUUUCUACCAAGGCAUCGCUCCGUUUUUGUUCAAUAUCCUUGUGGAAUUAUACUUUGACAAUGUCUAUCAAUCAACUCUUCUUUUCCACAAAGCCACCUUUUUGCAGUCACUUGCAGAUCAGACCGUUAAGCCUCAUGUCCUUCUAAGCAUCUGUGCCUGGGGCGCCAAUUUCUAUCGCGAUGGUUCUGGUAGACCCACCUUCAAAGAACAAGGCCUUAUGACGAGAUGGGCCAAGACAGCUGGAGCACUUGUCUUCCAAGACGCCGAAGAACUUAGUGAUGAUAAUCUCGUAACAUUCUGCAAUCUAUCGCUGUUUUGGCACAGUCAAGGUUCAUGGAGGAUAAGUUAUCUUCACAAAGGUAAUGCAUGUCAACUCCUCCACAUCAUCGGAACCGGUCCCAAGAACGGCUCUUCACUCGAAGCUGAAUUGCGAAGACGACGGUUCUGGACAUGUUAUUUAUUUCAUUGCUUCAGUUGUGAGAAGUUAUUUCGGUUCGAGGCGAUUGCUGAUAUUGAGAAUCUACCGCUGCCUUGGUCUGAAGAAGACUUUGCAGUUGGGACUUCACGCUCUGAGGUUGCAACGAUUGCGAAUGGAGUGGACUCUGGAAGUAUUUUUGGCGAGCUUAUACGCGCCCUGAAUCUUUGGUCCUCUGUCAUGUCUGUUGUUAGAUCCGAGGGCGAUCUCAACUCCCGUCUUCAAGAAAUCUUUAGGGUUGAGAACAACAUCUCAACAUGGUGGAACAACGUCCCUGUUACCUUCAAGCUAGAUGCAUCUACUGUCUCGACUGUGCCACGUAAUGAUUUGCCCAAAAUCGUUCUUACCAACCUCGUCUAUCACCAAUCCCUCUGUGUACUGCACUCUUCCAUUGUUCCGCUCUUCUGCUGGUCGAAAGGCGACAGGACUUUUUCGUCAGCCAGACAAUUAUCUGCACAAGUCGCGUUUGAUCACGCUACUACAAUCUCCAGUCUCAUCUCUGCAAUAUUAGUUGCUGGUUGUCCGCUCAGUUCGAUGCCGAUUUUUGUCGCAUAUGCAGCUUACUCGAGCUGCGGUAUCCAGAUUCCGUUUCUCUGGUGUUCCGAGCUGUCCGUCAAAGAACGAGCUCAAUCCAACAUCGACGCCAAUGUCAAGAUGAUACAGGGGAUGUCAGGUUACUGGAAGUUGGCUUCACUAUUGCAACUCUACGUGCGCUGCCUUCAUGAUGUUCAUAAACAAAGCCCUCCCAUAAUCUCGGGCGAACCAAAGUAUAUGGAUGCUUCGGCACUUGUGGACUUUGAUGUUGACGCGUCGCUUGCGAAAUCGUCUAUCUUGCAGUUUGCUGGCAUGUUGCGAUCUGAUGAGAAUGGAUACGUCAAGUCUGGAGAUGAGGCCUCAGAUCCAACCCUCGCAAGUGCCGGAAUUAGUGGCGACAUGACAUCUGAUCCACAGGGUACAGAGGGUGGCCCUCUCCAGAAUUUGAAUGUCCCAACGAAUACGAGCAAUCCGAACACGAUGCUCCCGCAAACUCCGAAACUCAACCCAGGGCCCAGCGAAUGGCCUACUUUGGACAUAUUUAGCUCCCUUAUCGAUGCUGAUAUGGCUGGUCUUUUCCCAUCGAAUGAUGACUUUGAUUUAUCAUUCUUAGAUGCAGAUCAAACUUCAUGGGACUUGGGAAGAGAUCUGGAAAUACCCUAG